AUGGGGUCCGUAAACGUGAACCGGAACGUAGCGGACGCGUUCUACCGCUACAAGAUGCCGCGCAUAUGCGCCAAGGUUGAGGGCAAAGGCAACGGCAUCAAGACCGUCAUCGUCAACAUGCCGGAGGUCGCCAAGGCACUUGGCAGGCCAGCCACCUACCCUACAAAGUACUUCGGGUGCGAGCUGGGUGCUCAGACGCAGUUCGACUUCAAAAACGAACGUUUCAUUGUCAACGGCAGCCACGACUCCGCCAAGCUUCAGGACCUGCUGGACGGGUUCAUUCGCAAGUUUGUGCUGUGCCCGGAGUGUGACAACCCGGAGACUGAGCUGAUCGUGUCGACGAAGCGCAACAGCAUCUCGCAGGGCUGCAAGGCUUGCGGCUACCAUGGGGCGUUGGACUUCAACCACAAGCUCAACACCUUUAUACUAAAGAAUCCUCCCGCAGCCGACCCUAGCGUGCAGGGCUCGUCACUAACGGAGGGUAAUAGGGGCAAGCGGUCUAAGCGCUCAGGACCUCCAGCCAAUGGUAACCAUGAUGGGCAAGAAAACAACGACGCCAAGAACGAGGGUGAUGCCCCAAUUACACCGACCACUCCCAACCCGAAGAGCAGCAAAAAGGACAAGGAAAAGGCUAAGCAUGACGAUGACGACGAUGGCACCUGGACCGUCGACGUCAGCGAGGAGGCGGUACGCGCUCGCAUGCAAGAUUUGACUGAGGGUGCAAAGAGCAUGACUUUGUCUGAGGACACAGAGAAAAAUGAGAAGCAGCGCAUGGAUCUUUUCUAUGCUUUUGUGAAGCAACGCGCAGACUCCGCUGCCGUAGAAGGAAACAAGGCUAUUAGCGAGAUUGUGCACGAGGCUGAACGGCUGGAGGUGCGCGAGAAGGCGCCGCUGGUGGUGUUCGAGGUGCUGGUGCGGCCCGCGUCGCUGGCGGCCGACGUGCGGCGCCAGCGCACGCUGCUGCUGCGCCUCACGCGCGCUGAACCCCGCGCGCAGCGCGCCGUGCUGCACGCGCUCACUGCGCUCUGCGCGCACCACCCCACGCUGCUGCCCAAGGUGCCGGCCAUCCUGAAGCUGCUGUACGACACGGACAUCGUGGACGAGCGCGCCGUGCUGGAGUGGGCGGCCAAGCCGUCGCGCAAGUACGCGCCGCGCGAGCUCGUGGCCGACGUGCGGCGCCGCGCGCAGCCCUUCAUCGACUGGCUGGCCGAGGCCGAGGAGGACAGCGACGACGCGCACCACGACGACCUCGACGUCGAGUACGACGACCGCGCGCCGCUGCGCGUCUCCGCGCCCGCGCCCGCCCCCGCCCCGCCCGCCGCACGCCCGGACGACGACGGCGAGGACGACGUCGACAUCGACGCUAUCUAA